UAGCUUAAAGUCGUUGGAAAAGAGUGCUUGCGUCGCUAUCGCUCUCGUCCCAGUCGUCGCGGGUGUCGGUAUUCGGUCGGGUCGGGUGCUCUGCUGACAAAGCAAAAAAAAGUUAACGUAUUUAUGUGCGUCUAAUAAAAAUAGAAAUAUAUUAUAUCCGGGAUUGCCCUAUGCUUGUGUAUGCGAAGGUGCGCUGCAAGAACGCAAAAAACAUUCCAAAGAACUUAUGUUGUUCUUUUUAUUUACGUGAAAAAAAUGCCAUGGCUACCGGUUGAGACUACAGCUGGCAAAGACAAAAGACAUGAAAACAAUCAAAAACAUUUGUGUCCAUGCAAUUUGUUCGCACAUCGAUUAUAUUUACGCGUCGGGGCAUGGCUGGAUCCUUGAUUCCCGGUUCCGUAUGCGCAACUAAGCAGCCGCGAUCGGGCGCGUUACCUUUUACGUUUUCAGCCGUUGAAUUUUUUUUAACGCAAUGGGCGUGUCCUUGCCUUAGAGUGGGUGUUGGGCAUGCUUUUACAUUGCGGCGCGAGCGCCUUUACUGAUGCUGCCUCGCGCGAUGGACUGCAAUAUCAAAUGCACAGGUGUGCAAUUGUUGUAAUUUAUUUCAUUAUCUCCUCUUCAUUGUUGGUUAACGCCUUUUCCUUGCCAAGUUUAUUAAAUAAAUAUCAAUUGUAAUUGUAUUUGCAGCUUUUUGUGAAAUAUUAUUAAUAAAAAAUAUAUAUCUGAAUGAAAGUGUUUUAAAAUUGUUUACCGUUGUUAUCGUUGAAUAAUUCGCGCGUGCUCGCGUUUGCUAAAAAAAAUUGCAGAAUGGCGUCGCGCAGACGCGCCGAUUUAAAUCCAAAAUUGCAUAUGGACAGGCAGCCCACAGCGGCACGCAUAACAGAUCCUUCGCUACCCGCUGGCAAGCGUCGCGAAAUAGACAACGUGAUGAAGAAGGCACGUGCCAAUACUACUAACGAUUAUUGGGAUAAGAAGUUGAUUGAAGCCGAGGAGAAAGAUCCGAAUAGAUGGCGACACACCGGCUACAAGAAGAUGUACAUACAGGGCGAAAGCAGCUCUGGCGAGAGUGAACGCGAUGGCGGUGGUAGCAAUGCAUACGGUCGUUACAAUUCGGGUGUGGGCUCCGCACCAGUUGGUCCCCCACCACGUUAUGCUCGAUCUCGUUCUCGAAGUCGGUCUCGGUUGCGUAAAUCUCCACCGCUGUCGCCGUUACCGCCGCGACGUCGCUCUCCACCGGGCCCGCCUAUGCAUAGCAUGGAUCGUCGCGGUAUGUCGCCUCCAUCGCCGCACCCACCACUGCGUGGUCGUCCGCGUUCACCCCCACCGCGCGGCAUGGGGGCGCGUUCUCCAAACGAUUUGAUGCGUCGUCCUGGCGGUUAUGGGCGACCUCGAUCCCCACCCGAACCGUCGGCGGCAUCAUCGUCGUCGGCGCUACGCCGAAAACCUAGAUCGUCGCGUUCGCCAAUGAGUCGACGUCGUUCUCCACCACCUCCGUUACCACCUUCAGGUGGAGCUGAUAAACGUGGUGUCAUCGGUGGAGCACAUAUAUUGCCACGCUCCAAGCGUCCACCGUCACCACCACCGCGGCAUCCGUUACGUUCGCGUUCCAACAGCUCAAUGAGUAGCAGCUCUGAUGAUUCCUGCUCGCUCUGUUCGCCCAGCCAUCGUCAUAGAUCUCGUUCGCGCGGUCCGCGUUCCCCGCCGCCAAAGCCACGGGGCCAUUAUCGGGCAGGUGGGCCUGCACCGCCUUUGCCACCGCCGGAGUCACAUGGACGCAUUCAUGGACGGCCAAGUACUCCGCCGCCUGUGCGAGCCGCGCCUGGUAUCGAUAAAUACCGCGAUGGCAAAAUGCGACAUAUUAGUCAUGAACGUAGUGCUUCGUCGGAUAUGCACAUGAAAAUCGGACGCGCAACACGUCACUCGCCGCCGCCGGAAGAUCCGCGUCUCAAGCAUCGUCCGCCAGAGCCACCAGAGCCCGCGUCUGCUGCCUCGACUGGCGUUCCACCACAAGCAAAAAAGAAAAAGAAGGAAAAAGAGCUUCGGCCGCGCAUCAAAAUCGAGGGUGAGAAACGUAAAAAACAUCCGAACGCUGGCAACGUAGCCUCAGCAUCGUCCAGCGCCGCUGCCAAUGGUAACUCUUCAUCAGAUUCGGACGAUUCGGGUGGUUCGGACAGCGAUGAAGCCAUGCCCAGCUUCUCGGCCACAACGCGGCUAACGCUGUCUGAGCGCUUCGGGAAAAUGGCACAAUGGAGCAUCGAUCGCAGCAAUAUGGAAAAUAUGCGCAUCACAAAAGAUUCGACCGGCGGCGCGCUUAAGGUAAUGAUCGAGGAGGGGCUCGAAACGCCACCGCGUCGUUACUCCUAUUCGCCGGCACCGGCUGGCCACUUUCCGGAGGAGUUGGCCACAACAGCACCGUCGGGCAUGUUGUCGUGGGAUGACGUACGCGUCCGUUACGAAUACUACAAGAGUCGCGGUUAUUUGCGCGAUCUGGAUCUGAAGGACUACAUCAAAUGGGAGGAAUGGUGGUAUAAAUAUCAAGAGUGGUUAAAACAGGAACGCUAUUAUGAGUACUGGGAUCGUAGCCAGCAGCUGCGACGUCGUCGCAAAAAGUUGCCAGUCACUCAGCGUUUAAAUUAAAUUGAUUCGUGCGUUCUGCGCUUUUUGCAGAAAAGAUGCUUUUUCAAUCAUUUUGCUUCAUCUCAUUUUCCCAUUUUUUGACUCUGUUAUCUAUUAUUCUCUUUAUCUAUUAUUCUAUUAUUUUCCCGUGUGCUUGUUGCUUUAUUUUACAUUUUUUCAUUGUUCUUUUUGUACAUUAUGAAUGUAUGGAAAUUGCAUUUGUUUGUCACUUCCUUUUUGCACAACUCACCUUUUCCAUUCUUUUCUCAAGCGCGUUGACGGAGCAACCGACAUUCAUCUAAAUAACGGUAAAAAUAACAUUGUAACAUGUAAGUUAUAUACUUGUAUGUAUGACUGUGUGUGCACGUGCGAUCAAACGCACCCCUUGCUGAGACAUUUGUAAACGCAUAAAGUAUAUAUAACAUUUAACUAAUCACAAUACAAAUACAACAUAUAAAUUAUACAAA